GUCGCCGUCCCCGCCCCGUGCCCGCCAUGGCGGCGGUGUUCGCCGCCCUGCGCGUCCUCCUCGGGCUCUUCUUCCUCCUGGCCGGCGCCGUGAAGCUCACGGACCGGCUCUCAGCCGACGUGCACCGGCACAUGCAGGCGCAGUUCGUCCGCUUCGCCGAGGUCUUUCCCCUCAAGGACUUUGGCUUCGCCCCCGAGCCCGACCCAUACCUGGCGGCUGUCGGCUGGGUGGAGGCGGUGGCCGGGCUGCUGCUGGCCGUCGGCCCCCAGCUGCUGCAGGAGAUCAGCAACUUCGUGCUCAGCAUCGUGAUGAUGGGUGCCAUCUACACGCUGCUGGUGCUGCGGGAGCCCCUGGCCAUGUGUGCCCCCGCCACGCUCUGCCUCGGCCUCCUGCUGCUGCUCAACAUCCGCGGCCACGGAGCCCCCGCCAAGCCCAAAUUCGAGUGACCGGAGGAAGGAAGGACGGACGGACAGAUGGAUGGAGGGAGGCGAGACCCCUGUGGUGUUUUGGGGGGCUGCGAGGUAACGUGGCGCUGCUGGGUGGUGCGGCCCUGCUGCUAGCAGGGCGCUGCAGGAUGGAAGCCAUGGCUCCACCAUGGCACCGCUGCAGCUCCAGUGCUGAACCAGCAUGAGGUGGUCGGGUCCUCCCAUGCCGGGCUGGCGCUGGCUCUCAUGGGGGCUUUCAUAUUUUGGAAUAAAGCUUCUGUUUUUUCA